AUGGAGGGGCUUUUCUUUAAUAUCGACUACGGAUACGUCGAAGGUGUCGUUAGGGGCUACAGGAGCGGUUUGCUCACCACAAACCAAUACGUCAACUUGACCCAAUGCGACAACCUAGAAGACCUCAAACUACAAUUAUCGUCGACCGAUUACGGCAACUUCUUGGCCAACCACUCCGGUCCGUUGAGUACGUCCGUGAUACAGGAGAACUUGAACAAGAAAGUUUUCCAGCAGUACCAGUACAUCAAGAGCCAAUCGAGCGGCACCUUGACCAAGUUCAUGGACUAUAUCCAAUACGGAUAUAUGAUUGAUAACGUCAUCUUGAUGAUCACCGGUACUUUGCACGAAAGAGACAAGUCUGACAUUUUGAAGAAAUGCAAUCCCUUGGGCUGGUUCGAGACUUUGCCUACCUUGUGCAUUGCCACCGAUAUCGAGAGUUUGUACUCCACGGUCUUGAUUGAUACGCCCUUGGCUCCGUUUUUCAAAAACUGCGUUAGCGCCGAUGACUUGGACGACUUGAACAUUGAAAUCAUUAGAAACAAAUUAUACAAAAACUACUUGGAGGCGUUUAUGGACUUUGUCCACACGAAAUUUGAGGGCCCCGAUCGGGAGAUCAUGACGCGGUUGUUGACUUUGGAAGCAGACAAGCGAGUCCUCAAUAUCGCCUUGAACUCGGCAAACAACCAAGACUUGACGGUCGAGAGCAAGUUGAGCUUGUUCCCCAACUUGGGCCAGUUGUACCCCACGUAUCAUUUGGAGUUGGCCCAGGCUGACGACUAUGAGCAGUUGAAGUUGAUUGUGUCCAACAUUGGUGACUAUAACCAGAUUUUCAGCGAUACUUCCGAUGGAUCGAAAUCGAUUGGCGACUGGUUCUACUUGAUGGAGAUGCAGUACUGUAGAAAUGCACUUACUCAGCAGUUUACCUUGAGUACCGUUUACGCGUGGUUGAAAGCGAAGGAGCAGGAGAUUAGAAACAUUUACUGGAUUGCCGAAUGCAUUGCCCAGAACCAAAAGAGCAGAAUUGAUGAUUACAUUUCCGUGUUUUAA